CUAUUUGUAGCUAGCUAGAGGCCAUGACAAUAAAAUAACUGUUUAGGUUUUGGAUUCAUUGUAACAUUUCAUGUAAUCUGUAGUUUACUUGCUACACUUGCAGUAUUUUGUCAUCACCGGCUACUGUAGCUAGCUAACAACAAAUGUUAGAACAAGUUGCUGUUGCUAUCAUGAAAAAUGCUGCUACUAAUAAUGGCUGAGCUCGUAACGUUAUUGGAAUUGAAUUUGAUACGAGUCCCUAUUCAAUACAUUUAGUGACCCACUUAUUGCUUGUGAAAUUGCAUUGUUAAGGUAAACCUCCUGUGAAUACUGGCAUAUUGUGUAUUCAGCUAAAUUGUCUUCUGUGCGUCUGUAAUCUCUGCUGCCCAGAAUCAAAUCUCUGGAAAUCAUCUUCUUUAUAUAUAUAUUCUUCUUCUUCGAUGAGGUUCAACGGCGGUUGACAUCCAAUGUUAAUGGUGCAUUACCGCCAUCAGCUGGACGGUGUAUUGAAUAAGAAACAACAACAAAAACAUUGCGGGAAAUGGGGAAAAACGACAUCAUACAAAAUGAAACAUGUCAACUAAGAAAACCCAUCCCACUUCUUCAAUCUCAUUCCACUUCAAAAUACAUCCCUACACUGGAUCAGAGUUCUGUCAUGGCGGAACAUUCACCAACAGGAUUUUUUGCACGGCCUCGGCUGCGAGUUCACGAAGACCCAAUAAACGUUCAGCAGCAUUUCACAAUGAUUCCAAUUUUCUUAGACUUCUUCUCUCCGCUUGUGCUGUACAGUUUAUGACCAUUGCAAUAAAUAAUACAAAGCCCACCUUUUUAACACGUAGCGUUUCAUUAUCCCUCGUUUGAUGAGAACUACCAUUGUUUCUUCCCCGCCAAUCGUUCCUUCCAAUCUUACCGCCUCCAGAUAGGCGACACGCUGGACACCCCUUACCACCUCAUUCUCCUUCACCCUAACAGGGGACCCCAGGAAUUCAGGCGCAUGUUGACUUCCACAGUUGCAGCAUUUCACUUCAUCUGGCAUACGAUUCUCUUCCCUUCUGCACAAACUUGACACAUGGCCAAAUCUUUUACAUUCAUGAAACUGAAGGGGCUUGUGCACAAAAGCUCUUACAGGGUAUUUCGUGAAUCCUAACUUUAUAUGAGAAGAGAGAGACUCUUCCUCAAAGCACAGUAGCAUGAAUGAAGUGAAUACAUUUUUUCCAGGUCAGACGACGUGCACCAACCACUCCAUCAAUGUCUUCAGCAAUAUCCUCUGCCUUUAUUUCCAUACAGGAAACAUUCCACUCAGAUAUCUUUUUUUGUCUAUAAACAAGCUUCUUCUGCAUCACAAAUGAACAAAAAAAUCGAAAUGAGACCACUUCUUGUGACUCUCACCGACUCCAACACAUUCCAGGUUUUCCUGGAGACGUUAAACGGAUUUCCCAAGUAGCAUUGAUCCAAAACCCUCACUUCGACUAAUAAUGAGUCUAGUGGUUUCCUAUUUUCCAGCAUAGCAUAACUUCUCGUUUCUCUUUUUCUUCGCCACUGUAACCCAUUCAUUCUCACUUUCCGCCAAUCUUCCUGUCCCCAUCUCCAAUCCUGAAAAUCUUCUUGGCCAUCCAUAGCCAACUGAAGCCCCCCCCCCAAAAAAAAAAAUUCCAGGUGCACCCCAUAAUUGUGAUUCGCUAAUUAAUCAGGGACGCAAAAACCAUGGAGCGCACCUGACCGGUAAUUGUUCCUCAUUAAAACCCUCCUAUCCCACACAGCUUCCUAACAAACGUAACAUUUUGUUUUGGAGACUAUUGCAUGCAGAAAUGAUCAUUGCCUAUGUCUUUUUUGAACCAAUAGGUUUUGAAACCAUGGACCAAAAGAUCCCAUAUGAUGACUACCAACUCCCUGUGGUCUUUUUACCUUCUUAUGAGAGUCCCCCGGCAUGGAUAGCCCCUCAGGAGCGGAUCCACCAUCCUGACUACAACAAUGAGCUGACCCAGUUCCUGCCACGCACCAUUGUGUUGAAGAAACCUCCAGGGGCACAGCUAGGCUUCAACAUCCGUGGGGGAAAGGCCUCCCAGCUGGGCAUCUUCAUCUCCAAGGUGGUCCCAGAUUCGGACGCCCACAGGGCAGGUCUCCAGGAGGGAGAUCAGGUGCUGUCUGUCAAUGAGGUGGACUUCCAGGACAUAGAGCACUCGAGGGCUGUAGAGAUUCUGAAGACUGCCAGGGAGAUUCUGAUGAGGGUGCGCUUCUUUCCCUACAACUACCAGAGACAGAAGGAGAGGACUGUGCACUAGGUGACGGAAAAGUUCCACGGGAGAGUGAGAAACAGUAUGGUUACAUGCACACAAUAAUAUGAUUAUUGUGGAUAGUAAGGUUAAUAUAAUAGUUUGUUUAAAACGUUUACAUGCUUUGCAAGAAUAACGAUGUCCCUAAUAAUCCUGUUUACAUGGACACAUCUGAAAUCAGGCUACCUGAUGGGACUUGAGAAAUGCAGAAAAUCGGCAAUCAAUCAAAAUAAAACCUGCCACAGUGACCAUGUUAUUUUAGCGAAGACUAUUUGAUUUGGAGUUCGGAUAUAUAAAGUUUGUGUAUUUGAAAACUAUUUCAAAACAUUUAUAUUUUCAGUUUUUCCGAACUCACUUCACUCGCGCAUAAGAGGGGGACUUGCGCUUCCGGUGCUGGCACAUGCACAGAUCAAAUACACUCUUUACAUGUCAUAAUAAUUAGAAAGCUUGCUCAGAAAACCAGGUGUUUUAUUAUUAUUAUAAUCAUUUGUUUAUAUAUACAGUACCAGUCAAA